AAAAAAAAUGAAAAAAGGUGCCAUUAUUCACGCAGUCGUGUAUUUGGUGUUUGGUAUCUGGGAUUGAAGCCCGUACCGCCUCUCCUAACUCGGGAUGCUUUCAUUUUCCAUUGCCAUUUUCACCGCCAUAUUGGGUGUGAGAAGGUAAGAAUCAGGCAACAUGAAGAAGGAAGACACUGUAAAGCUCAUCAGCGCCGAGUGAUCCGAAUUUGUGGUCGACAAAAAAGCAGCUAUGGGUUCACAGACGAUACAUAACAUCGUCACCUCCCCGGGUAAUUUCCUUUACUGCGCUAAGCUGUGUUUUAGAUCCCUCAGACCUUCCUUGCUCCUGCAAAACCUUGCUAAUUCUUCCAUACCCAAUAGUAAAUUCAGUCAUCGACGUGAUUUUAAUCCUCUCCUAUUCCAAUCCGAAUCCGAUUCGCCUUCCUGCUGGAAGUAUAGGAAGCAAACAAGAGGUAGUAUCACUCUUCUUAAAGCCAGCCGUCGGGAGUCUCCUUAUGAAGUUCUGGGUGUGUCUCCAUCAGCUACGGCAGAUGAAAUCAAAAAGGCAUACAGAAAGCUUGCUCUUAGGUAUCAUCCCGAUGUCAAUAAAGAGGACAAGGCGCAGGAGAAGUUUAUGAGGAUAAAACACGCGUACAAUACAUUGAUAAAUUCUUCUUCGCGUAGAAAAUUUGAUUCUGGGAAUAGUGGUUCUGAUCCUUAUUAUUCCUCUCGAAGUAGCCAAAGUGGUACUGCAAAAGCAGAAGAAUUUUAUGGAUUAGGUAAUUUUUUGAGCGAUGUUCAAAUAACAAUAGAGGAAUUUUUCAAAGAUCUUCAGGAAGAAUUCAGGAACUGGGAAGCAAACUCUACUUCACAAGGAAAACCGAAGAGCCUAUGGGAGGAAUUGGCGGAAAUAGGAGAAGAAUUUGUGGAGUUUCUGGAGAAAGAACUUAAUAUUGUUGAUCCAGAAGUCGAUUCAAAUGACAAUUAUAAAAAGCCUGGGGAGGGAAAUCCUUCUCGUACUUCUGCCGGCAGUGGGCCUCGAGAUGAAACUGGCAAGGGGAACAGCAGCAUCCAGGAUAACCUUGAUGAAAUAGAAGCUACUCUUGCUCAGUUAAAAAAGGAAUUAGGUUUGUAGUCGAAAUAAGAUUACUUUUAUGGCUGGUUGAGGUUGACUCCAUGAUGUAAAAUGUUUAAUUAUUGCUGGAAAAUAAAAAAAAAAGAAUAUUCAAUUGUUGGAUAAACAUAAAAGCUAUGUAGUAUAUACUCCAGCCUCACGGUCCAUAGGAAGCAAGACGUAGAUGUCUUUCACUGAAUGAAAAAAUAACGCUACAAAAAUCCCGAACUUGAGAUAUUGUAUUAACCUGUCUGGAAAUUCGAUGCGCAGGAGUUAGCAUGUAAAAUGUAACUCAUGGGGCACGCUUGUCCCAUUACAAUUUA